AUUGCGGCCAAUGGGAGCGUGGCGUUUUCGGCGCUGAAUGCGCCGCCGGGGCCUUUGUGCGGCAGCGAAAGAAACGGCAAUAACAACGGUGAGCAGUGGCGGCCCGAGCCCCAGCUCCCCGCCUGGCCUUCCCUUCCCUCCGUUCCUUAGCAACGCACAGUCGGUACUGUCCUCCCCGCCCAGCAGCCGAGAAUGGAGAGUCAGGCAGCUGAGCGAGAGCGGAGCUGAGGUACAGAGCAGUUCCCUUUAAACUGAAAGCGGCCUGGACAUCCUGUCCCCCUUUGCUGGACUGAUUUACUGUGAAUCCCCGUCAAGUUGAGCUUCCCUGGGUCUGAUUAGAAUGGAACAAACUGCAGGCUCAACUGGAGAGAGGGAAAGUUGAGGAUGCUGGGGCAACACGAUGGAUUUCUCCUUCACAUUCAUGAAAGGUAUCAUGGGAAACACGAUUCAACUGCCACAACAACUUAUUGAUUCAGCCAAUAUGAGGCAGGUUCCUGACGUCCUGAAUGCCAGUGGUGGCAUUGGGGAAGAGAGAGGGCAAUCGUAUGAGGCUUCCCUACAACAAGGCUUUACUUAUCCUGCUUCUGGAGCUGAUACUAUUCCACCAGUUACCAAUGGCUACUCAAGCGUUAAUAUGUAUGAAUCACCGAGUAAAUACCCAGCAUAUUCCCAACUCCCCAAUGGGUCUGCCAAUGGUUAUGGCACAUAUAGGAAUUUUGGUUCCAGUGACUAUUACUUAGGAGAAAACUACUUGGUGAAGCAACAUGAAAUUCAGGAGAAAGUGCCCUCUCCACCUGUUCCUGAACCUGUCACCCCAAAGAAGACAGGCUCUCCGGAGAUCAAGCUGCGAAUAACUAAGACUUACCACAAUGGGAAGACGCUAUUUGAGUCCUCACUCUGUGGGGAUCUUCUAAAUGAACAGCAGGCUCUAGCGGCUGAAUCCGCAUUGUCUCGCAAGCAGAAAAGGGAAAAGAAGAAGAGAAGUAAACAUGAAUCUGUCAGUGCUGAGAGACAGGAACAUAAAGUCAUUAAGAUAGAGCAUGAGGAAUGCAAGACAGACUGUGGAAACUCUGUAAAUAAGGCCUAUCAGUUACCAGACUCUGGAAAUCAGUUGGUAGUUUCAACGUUUUACCAGGUUGGAGACUUGGUGUGGACUAAGGUUGGCACUUAUCCCUGGUGGCCUUGUAUGGUGUCCUGUGAUCCGUUACUGCAGGUUCAUACCAAGAUCAACACAAGAGGUGCUCGUGAAUACCAUGUGCAAUUUUUUGGGACCGUGCCAGAAAGAGCUUGGAUCCAUGAGAAGAGGGUAGCUUCCUACCAGGGACGCUCACAAUAUGAGGCACUUGUCGCUGAUACUGCCAGACAAGCCAGCAGUGCUGCAGAGAAGCAAAAGAUUCUGAAGCCAAUAGCACAAAGGAUCCGCCCUCAGUGGGAAGUUGGCAUAUCUCAAGUCGAGGAUGCAUUGAGAUUAACUCGGGAGGACAGGAUAGAACAGUACACCUUCAUUUAUGUGGACCAGAAACCCGACACAUCAACAGAUACAACAACCUCAUUAAAUCUUGAAGUGAAGAAAAAUAAACAACAUGAAAAUUUAUCCAGUCCUCCACGAGAUCGGACAGCAGUGCAGAAAUCAGUUAUUGCAGCCCCUGCUACUAAUGAUUCAGUCCCGCAUAUAGAUGAGAGGCAAGCAGAUAUCAAAGAGCCUGCCCCCAAAAUGACUUGGAGAACAGCAGCAGCUAGAAAAUCUCUGCCACCUUCUCUUUCAAACCUCAAAGGGAACCAGGCUGAGAAAAGAAAUAGUGGCAGUCCUGACUGUGAGGUGUUGCCAGUAAGAAAAAGUGAUCAGAAGGGAGCGAGUAUUAAGAGAGAGCUGUCACCAAAAGAAGUGGAUGAAGUUCUGAUUACACCAUUAAGCCUUCGGAGUGAGAAACGGGAAGUGGAGCCUCUGCACUCAUGCACACGUGGCGAGGCACACCCUGCUUCAGCAGAAAGGAAACCACAAAGGAGGUCAGUUAGAAGCCGCUCUGAAUCUGAGAAAUCGGUUGAGGCUAUACCAAAAAAGAAAAUGAGAAAAGAGCAGAUGGAAACCAUUCCAACAACAGCAGAGACUAUAUGUACACAGAGAGGUUCAUCGGUACCCCAUGCACAUGGAACAACAUUAAGUUCAGCUCUGCCAGGUGCCAGUGAGCUUUCUGACUCCUGUAAGCCACUCAAAAAGCGUAGUCGGGCUUCCACGGACAUGGAGAUGGCAAGUCCAGGGUACAGAGAGGUUAAUGAUUCUGAUUCCAGAGGACCACUAAGUGAGGUUGGUUUGGAGAAGAGAGCGGACAGCCCAGUAGUUCCUCCUGACGCUGACGUCUCAGACGAAACAUCAAUGGAUUCAUGUGUAUCCAGGCGUGGUACAGGAUCGUCAAGAAAAGACAACAUCUGUCAGAUCUGUGAGAAACCUGGUGAGUCUCUGGUGCCCUGUGAAGGCGAGUGCUGUCGAGUCUUUCAUUUAGAGUGUCUUGGACUAGCAGAGCUGCCCAACGGGAAGUUUACAUGUAUGGAAUGUUCUACAGGGAAUCACACGUGCUUUUCUUGCAAGUUAUCUGGAAAGGUUGUAAAAAGGUGUUCAGUGAAUUCGUGUGGAAGAUUUUAUCAUGAAUCCUGUUUGCGGGGCUAUUCUUCGGCCAUGUUUGAAGGAAAAGGAUUCAGAUGUCCCCUCCACUGCUGUUUGGCAUGCUUGGCAGAUAACUGUGAAAUAGCUAAAGCAACCAAAGGUCGCAUGAUGCGCUGCUUACGAUGUCCUGUGGCUUACCACGUGGGGGAGAGCUGUAUUGCAGCUGGCAGCCUGGUCCUUUCAUCCCAUAGCAUCAUUUGCAACAACCAUUCCAGUCUGAAGAAAAACAAUCGGGCAUCUCUCCAAGUAAAUGUAAGCUGGUGCUUUAUCUGUGCCAGAGGGGUAAUUAACCAAGACCAAUCUGAAACCCUUAUCAGUUCAUAUACAUAUAAGUCGCACUACCUACUGAGCGAGUCAAAUCGUUCGACUGAGUUGUUGAAAAAACCUAUGAUUCCUCCCUCACCGUCAACUACAGUAAAGAAAUGUGGGAAAGGUGGCCGCCUAUUAUGCUGUGAAUCCUGUCCAGCUUCUUUCCAUCCUGAAUGCCUGAAUAUUGAGAUGCCAGAAGGAAACUGGUAUUGCAACGAUUGUAAAGCUGGCAAGAAAUCACGGUAUAAAGAAAUAGUCUGGGUCAAGCUGGGCAUCUACAGGUGGUGGCCAGCUGAGAUCUGUAAUCCCAAAUCUGUGCCAGCUAACAUUCAGGCAAUGAAGCAUCACAUCGGAGAAUUCCCUGUGCGUUUCUUUGGAUCAAAUGAUUAUUAUUGGGUGCAUCAGGGCAGAGUCUUUCCGUACUUAGAAGGUGACAAAGGCAAUGUGUCAGAUGGACGAGCUGGUGGUAUUAAUGAAAUUUUCAAAAAAGCACUGGAAGAAGCUGCAAAACGAUUCCAAGAGCUGAAAGCACUAAAAGAGAGCAAGGAAGCACUAGAGAAUGAACGCAAUGAAAAAAAGCCACCAGCAUUUAAAUUUAUUAAAGCAAACAAGCCAGUUGGGAAAGUGCAGAUUCGCAUUGCUGACCUGUCAGAAAUCCCACGGUGCAACUGUAAACCCACUGAUGAGAACCCUUGUGGGCUGGACUCAGAAUGUUUGAACCGAAUUCUGAUGUAUGAGUGCCAUCCCUCUGUUUGUCCAGCCGGAGAGAAGUGUCAGAAUCAGUGCUUCACCAAGCGAUUGUACCCUGAAACGGAACUUGUGAGAACAGAUGUGCGUGGCUGGGGCCUCCGCACUAAAGUUGACAUUAAAAAGGGGCAAUUUGUGACUGAAUAUGUCGGUGAGUUAAUUGACGAAGAAGAAUGCAGAAACCGCAUAAAGCAUGCUCAUGAAGCCAAUGUUACCAAUUUCUAUUUGUUGACCUUAACCAAGGAUCGUAUCAUUGAUGCUGGGCCCAAAGGGAAUUUCUCACGGUUCAUGAAUCACAGUUGCAAUCCAAAUUGUGAGACACAAAAGUGGACGGUGAUGGGUGACACACGUGUUGGUCUCUUUGCACUUUGUGAUGUACGAGCAGAUUCGGAACUAACCUUCAAUUAUAAUUUGGAUUGCUUGGGCAAUGGAAAGACUGUGUGUAAAUGUGGAGCUCCCAACUGCAGUGGAUACCUAGGUGUACGUCCAAAGACUGCUGCUGCGACAGCAAAUGAAGAAAAGGCAAAGAAUGCAAAGAAGAAGAUAAAGAAACGCAAAGCCAAGAUAGAUGUCAGAAAAAUGCAUGAGGACUAUUGCUACCGUUGCUGUGACGGAGGUGAGCUGGUGAUGUGUGAUAAAAAGGAUUGCCCCAAAGCAUAUCACCUCUCUUGCCUUAACUUAACCAAACCACCAUUUGGGAAGUGGGAAUGUCCCUGGCACCACUGUGAUGUUUGUGGCAAAACAUCCGCCUCCUUUUGUGACUUCUGCCCGAACUCGUACUGCAAGGAGCACCAGAAGGGAGCCCUGACUACUUCAGCACUGGAUGGUCGUCUCUGCUGCUCUGAGCAUGACCCAAACUGCCCGGCAGAAUUUGACUUGUCUUCCUCCGUCAGUCUUCAGAACAACUUGGCAGCUGAGGAUACCAGCGAGGAAACCAACGAAUGAACUUUUCCCAGUGGAGACGAGUUUGACUGUAAUAUUUAUCAGGGUGACCUUUAGUAUUCCAAGAUAAAGGGCUCUGGGGAUUGUAAAUCACGAGGUGGAAAACUCAGAGGUAUUGAGGGAGUUAGUAAAGAUGACCAAACGAUUGUUUUGAUGUUCCUUUGGUUUAGUUAAAAAAAAAUUGUGGACACCUUAAUGUGACAAAGCUGGUAAUUACUCCUUAAGAAUUAUUGUCACGAUUGGAAAAUGGUGUUCUAAUUGUUUUUUUUAUUUCAAAAUUGCAAGUGUAUUGUUGUACUUGUGUCCGAUAUUUGAUGUCUGAAGGGAACCUGGCCUAUCUCCACUAAAACCAAAACCUAAGGAUAAUGUUAUGUAGCUUGUUUAAAUAUUAAAUUAACCACAGGUUGUGGGGAGGUUUGGGAGAGGGAAAGAAGACAAUGGACAGUGAGGUCCACUGGUUGGUUGUGAUGGGAUAUGGGAUGUCCACUCCCUCUCCAGAGUCUCUAAAAUGGAAAGUGGAUUUUGUACAGCACUUCAUUAAUUUUACAGAUCUUGCAGUGGGCCAGGAUCUGCUAGAUGGGAUUAGGGGAAUUUAAAAUCCCUGUUAGAAGUGGUGAAUGGGUUAUGAGCCUCAACAUCUGCAAGGAGAAGGAAGGGAAUAUGACGGGUCUCGGCCCCAGGACGGUGGGCGGCAGCUGCUGAUGCAAUGGUUUACUUGAGGUUUGGAAAACGCAAACUUUUUGUUUUGGGGCCUUGGAUGUUCACCGAUAUCCAAGUGUGGAGAACACCUCCAGAUUUACUCCAAAUUACUUGUAAUAUUUACAGUCGUAUUUUCUCCACAUGUAUAAGUGAGCAUUCUAAUUCGAGUUUUGCUUUUUGAAGUUCAUUAUGUGUUCUUGGCACUACCAUUAUGGCUACAGGUUGACAGACGUAAUUUUAUUAUUUUUAUACAUUUAUAUGUAAAAAGCAAAAUUAUGAUAGAAAAAUCCAUGUUUUUUUUAAAACUGAAACUUAAAAUGUCAUCUUUGUUCUUAAGAGGGUGAGUGUUUUAUGAACAAAUAAAAUACUCAACUAAUUGAAAGUAUGCCUAGAAUCAUAGAAUCAUUAUUGUGCAGGAGGAGGCCAUUUGGCCCAAUGUACCUGUGCUGCUCUCAAAGAGCGGUCUUAUUCCCCUCCCUUUCUCAUUAUUGUAUCUGCUAACAACACUCUUACAAAAAGGCCAUUCUUCUCUUUUUUUAUCUCUCACACAAAUGUGUCAUAAUUUUGAGUAAACUGAUUCUAAACUCUGAAUCUAUGAUUCUAUGAAGUACCUCUGUAUAUAAUGAGCAUUUAAAUAUAUGUGUAUAUCUAAAAUAACCUUACACCUUUUUUCAUUCAGAUACUAGAACUGGUAGAAUAAACUUGUGAUUUUUGUUUUUCAGCAUUAUUCACAUGUUAUAUUUAAUAGCAAAAAAAACUCUCCUCAUCCAUUGCAUCCAAAUGUUGCAAGUUCAGGGUAUCCAUUCAAAAAAAUAUUUCUAAGUUAAACUGCCGUUUCUCCAGUAGCUAGUCUUUUUGAUGUUUGUCUUUCCCAAUUCUCCACCUUCCUCUCAACUUUCCGUUUCCCCUUUGAGUAUACCUUCCACUGGUUGCUGAGUCAUCAUUGAAUGACCCCUGCUUUUGGGUGAUGUUCUGAAAUCCCUAACAUUAACCAAGAACUGUUCCUGUGAACUAACCAUGUAUAGUCAAUGGUAUAAGUUGGACAGUGAAACGUGGGACAACUGGGAAAAUAUUUUAGUAAGCUUUCAUCAAAAGCAUUUGAUUUCUAUCUCAGGCUUUUUGUGACUAUAUAUAAAACAUCUUUGUAGAACCUAGCUGAUUGAAGAAGAUGUAUUCUUGAUCUAGUUCCAAACAGGUCUAAGUAAGAAGGAGUAAGUAAUCUCCUUCCUAAAACUUUGCUGCAUCUUUUCGUAGGCUGUGCCCAAUCUGAUACUGUCACCAACUUCAAGAAUUAGUGAAACAAAAUGAACAUUGUGCUCUGACAGUGGUGGCGGGCACUGGCCCUCUUCAUUGCUUCUGUUCAGUUUUGAUUCAAGCUUUGCAUUAUUGUCAGAUGUAUAAACACUGCAUUUUAUUUUUCACUGUUUUGAGCGACAAUUGCUUCUUUUCUCGAUCUACUGCGUCCCCCUUCUCUGCCCUAAUUCUCCACCCCCCCCCCCCCACUUCCUCCUUCACACUUUAUGGAAAGACAGCCUUAAGUUCCUUUUUCAAAACAAGCCAAUGGAAGGUGCCACAUUGUCCUUACUGGAUUAUGCAGCCCUUAAGUUUCUAGAUAAAGAUGCUCCCAUUUGCCAAGUUUGAUAAGUCACCCAGCCUGCAUCCACAGAUCUCCUGACAUUAUGGGUUACUGUGGGUUACAGACAGUUGAUUCAUAACACAUCUGGAAGCAGGAAUGAAUAUCUCCUCUCACCCACCUCCACCCUGAUCUCAUCACUGAAAGUUCAACUGGGUAGAGAUCAGAUAACUUGUAAGUCAUCCAGCACCACCAUUUUUAUUUUUGUUAUUGGGAAGUCAGCAAUGUGAGUCUAACAUGGUACGGGCAGAUUUACUGUAGGAGAUUAUGAUCAUAAGUGGCUUUAAACUAGGAUGGCUUGUCAGUAAUCCCACAUUCAUCUGGUCAUAAUGUAAACCACUCUGGAUAGCCCAGUGUCAGAAGUUCCAAGAAACAGCUCAAGGCCUUAAAGGUUGGCUGGCCCCUUUGUUAAUAUAGAUUCUGCCAAUUUCUCCCCACCAACUAGCUUGGAGCACCAAACUGAGAAUUGUAAUGUCUGUACUUGUGUUAAGCAUUUUACUUUGUUGUGUAAUUGUAAUAUUGAAUACACUACAUGAUGAUGCUGUUGUGCAAUGCACCACUAUACAAGUGAGGGUACUUGUCUGCCUUGAAGGUGGUACUUUUUUCUUUAUUUUCCCCAUUUAGAACUAGUGUUUUCAUUUAAAUAUGGUUUUUUAAAAUUAAUUAAUACCUUUGUGAAUAACCUCAUUUAAAAAUAAGACCUUUACAACAAAUGAAUGUGGCUGUCUGGGCGGCACUUUUGUAGUGACAUGAUGUACAGUCUAUUAUGCUAGGCAGACUUUCAUGGGUAAUGUGCUGAAACUGGGUUGUGAGUGGAGGAGAUCAAGGAAUGAGGAUUGGCGUGUGGCUAAGAAUAAACAGUAAAGUUGUAAUAGGAGAAACGGAUUCAUUUUUAGCUCUCCAUUCCCACCAGCUCCUUGGCUUACUGACUGCCUGGCAGAAAUAAUAAACAAAAUGUAUUUUGUGUUUGGGGGAGGAUGUAAAGAGUUAUCUUUCACAUCUGAUAUUCGGAAUCCUUGUCUGCUGUCUCGGGCAGACUUUAAAGAUCCCGUAGAACUAUACGAGUUCUCCUGUACCCUAUUCAAUGUUCAAUCAAUAUCACUGAAAUGGAAUGUAUGGUCAAUACCACAUUGCUUGUUAUUAUGGGAUCUCACUCUGCACAAAUUUGACUGGCACCCUUCCUAUAUUAAAGCGGUGACCAUAAAAGUACUUUCUGAUUAUAGAGUGCUUUAGGAUUUCUUGGAAUGGUGCUACAAGUCUUUUUUUAAUUGAACUUGAUUCACACAGUCAUUUGAAAAUCCUUUCAGUGGGUCGAUAAAAGGAAAUGCACCAGUGGUGGAUUAUUUUACUUCCCCCUUUUCUUAAAACUUCACUUUUUUUUAAGUGUGUUGCCAUAUGUGACUAAAUGGUUGGAUUGUACGUCAUGUGACACUAACUUUUCUUUGACUGUUGUUGACUGUUCUGGUUAUAUCUGUCAUUAUAGGAUGUAAGAAUUUCCAUGCAAAAGCUCAGAUCCUGUCUCCCUCCUAUCCAUCUUUGGAAGAGGGGUAUUUCCAAGAAUGUUUACUAUUUUAAUUGUGAAUGGCUGGUAUCAGAUGUGCUGGCAAAAUCAGAGAGAUGUUUUAUAACAUGUGUUGUCCUUAAUAAAUUAAAUAUAUUGGAAAAAAAAACUUUGCAAAGGAUUACAAUUGCCUUGUGGAAUGGAUUUAUAAUAAACAGUUGUGGUUAA